AAAAAAUAUAAAAAAAAAAAAAAUCCAUUUGUAAGUAUACCAAUUUCUCUCCCACUUGUUUACGAAGAGCAUUUUUAGUGUGAAUUUGGUAAUGAUCGGCCGGCGAUUUUUUUGUGAGUGAUUCGUCGGAGUUUAACGGCGAUGACUGGGAAGAAUAUCGUGGUGGAGUCAUCGGCGGUAAAUGAGAGAAAAGAACUAUCGAGAACGACGACGGCGAUAACGACGAUUACGACGAAGGAGGAUGAGAAACGGGGCGGAGGCGGAAAUCAGCAUAAAAGGAUAGGAGAAGUGGCGGGAGGGACGGCGGCGGAGUGUGCGAUGGUAUGUUGUUGUUGUCCGUGCACGGUGCUGCACUUUCUCCUACUUGCUCUGUAUAAAGUUCCGACGGGACUUUGCCGGAAAGCAUGGAGGAGUAAGAAGCAGAAGAAGGUUUUGAAGAAGAAAAACAGCAUUAACAAUUCUCCUGGUGUUUACUACACGGACGAUGAUAAGGAUUAUUUCGAUGGCGGCGGUAACGUAAACGGAGGAUCAUCGGAAACAGCCGAAUUUGAAACGGAGAUGUGGCACCGAUUUUACGAUGGCGCUGGAUUUGGAAGGAGCUCAUCUCAAAAGGAAUUAGAAGAAGAACAACAACAGCAACAUCAAUGAUUCUCCCGGUGAUUACUAUAUCUACAUCGAUAAGGAUUGUUCCGAUGUAACCGGCGACGGCGAGGAUCAUCGGAAAUGGAGAUCUGGAUGGCAGUAGCUCAUCUCAAACGAAACAACAACAACAACAAGAAUUUCCCGACGACGGCGAUGAUCAUGACGGAGGUUCACCGGAAACGGCCUGAAAUGGAAAUAUCAACUAAUUCAAGGACUGAUGAGAAAAAAAAA